CCGCGGCAAAGCUCAAGACUCUCUAGAUCGUCGCUUUUCUUCUAAGAAAGUAGUCACCAGCCACGCAUCUUCCGGUCCUGGUGCUAAUCUUACUACAAAGAAGAGAAUGUGCACAUGCACAAAAAUACCGCGGCAGCUUUCCGUUAGCAUGGCGCUGCGCUUUUCUUAUGUGGCUCUUUUGCAAUUGUUCCAAUUGCAGCGUGUGGCCCCACUGUGGUCUGUGAAAGGACUUGUGGAGAUUGCAGCUCGAGAGUUGGACCCUCGUACGAAGGAGAACGAGCAGCAGCAAGACUCCGAGGACGGCGUGAAAACAAAUAGAUCUUCGGCUCGUCUGGCUGCGGCCUCCUCCUACAACCGUGCGGCGAAGGUAACCGAGUUGUGGUUUCACGAUCGGACGCAACACACUUUUGAUGCGUCUUCGCCGAAGGAGGAGGAGCCCGCCGCUGCAGUUGGAGUUAUGCCCUCAGUGUUCUACUACGAAGACUACGAAAAACGCCGAGAGCUUAUUGAGGCUGAGCAGCCGCAAUUACAGCGGAGGGGUGGUCCACGCAAUGAUAUCUCGGAACGCCCGCGGGUCCCUAAUUCCUGUCUAGAAGUUGAACAAAGCGAAAACUUAAAUAAAUGCGACCGUUGCGGUAGCAUUGCUGCGCUUACCGCUGUACUCGAGCGACUGCAAAAAUUGGAUUGUGCCGUUCCUGUCGGAGCGGAUGAAUACGAAGACGUCGAUCAGGCUUCUCUAGGUCCUUCAAAAGAAAGAACUUCGCCAGAAACACACACGGAAUGCGAUAGCCACAACAAGUAUUGGAGCAAGCCUUGUCGGGGUGUGAAUUCUACUGUCGCGACCCCAGCUCUGGCCGCAGACAUUAUGAAACCUGUGGCGCGCUACGUGGCCACGAACGCACUGAAAAUUACACAGUGGAAGUCUCUACAAGUCGUUAUCAAAUGAAAAGAGGGAGAAUCUUCGAUCGAUUGAGCUUCAUGAAUCUGCGCACCAGCUCUAGAAACUCGUCAAGCAUGAAUGAUUGCAGGUUGUUUCCGUCUGCUUGCUCGAUGUGAUGCAGCUUUCUCUUGCCUUGGGGCACUUGGUCAUCCUGAUCCUGUCGUAGCUCUGACGCGGAUCUUAUUUCUGGGCAUCUUGUUAUUCAUCCCAUCGCGAUCGCGCUACGCUAGUUGGCAUUGUGAAGGCGUUUGUUCAGGCCUUCAGCUUAAAUGUAGAGCCUCUGAAUCAUGUAUACCUCACGAGCCCCCGCCCCCCGCUCCUGCAUAUGAGUUCAGGACAAUAGUUGUACUUUUGUCAUUUUCGUGCACCUUCAGAGGCAUGAAUAUGGAUUGCUGAUAAUACAUAAACAAUUUGUGCUGUAGGGAGUCUUCUUUCAGUAGCUGCUUCGCUUCUACCUCCUCCUAAGAGCGCACGUUGGAAGAUUCUUCCUUUGGCAUAAUCUGUCCGGAGGCCUUCGUUAAAUGGUUCUGCAAGGGAAAAACACUUCAUCUCGAUUUGGUUUACCUGGAAAUAACUACAACAUUGAUAUCAAUAGAAGGGUGCAUAAUUCAGAGCUCCUGAACCGAAAGCAUAUAUCAACACCAAGCUCGGAGCUCAUGGAUCCUAUCCGGAACCAACGGGAGAUAUUGGAAGUUCAUGUUUUAUUCCGGCGGUUCCUUGUCUUGGUAGACUCAUUUGCAGCUGCUGCAGCUAGAGCUCCCUCACAAAGAGGAACUCCCAUCGCUAACGAGAUAAACUUAAACCCGUCAAAUGCAUCAAACCCUAUGCCCAGGCACAUUGACCUGUCUCUUUAUCUUUUCAGACAGGUGCAUUCCAUUUCCAGCUGCUGAUGGUGUAUGGUAGAAGCAGUACAUGUCGUGGUUGUGGUGUUUCGCUUGCAUAACGGUCCUUGCGUGUCUACCCCUCUUCCGGCGCAUUGUACGGCACGGAAAUCUACUUUCUAUUCUAUCAAACCGCAACCGCUCAAGAAAUCCGGUUCCGGAGUCAGCAAGCUCAUGCCACCCCUCCAGAUUUCGCCCGUUCGCGGAUAUUAGCUAAUUCUGGGGCGGACCAGCCUGGUGGGACUCGGAGUGCUGAAACGCAUGGGCUGUCGUCUCGUAUCUUGACAGACGUAUCCAGCUUAUCGAACUUUCUGAUAGAAUCACCUGCAAUUUCACGAUGAACCUCCUGCAACAUUUUCCAUCUUCGCUUGUUGACAAGCGAAGAUGGAGAAUGUGCAUUUAGAGCAAGUGUUGUUGUAGCGGUGGAAAAUCACGAAAAGUGGGAAAAAAAAACUAGAAACACUCAGAAUGCAGCAUGAUCAAGGACGACGGAUGAAGAUAGAUUGGUCCUCUUUGUGCUCCCGGAGC